AUGCAAGGAAUGCCUUCUCUCGGACACGAUGAAUCUAAAGAAUCCUUGAAUCAAGGUAACUUUUUUGAGCUUUUGAAAGUUAUUUCCUCUUGCAGUGAUGAGAUAUCUAGUGUUGUACUAAAAAAUGCUCUUGACAAUCUCAAACUAACAUCACCGAGAAUUCAGAAAGACGUCAUAAAUGCAUUUGCUGUUGAGAAAACAAAAAUUAUUGUACAAGAUAUGGGAAAUUACUUUUUCUCCAUAAUAGUUGAUGAGUGUCGAGAUGUAUCUGUCAAAGAGCAAAUGGGUGUUGUGGUGCGAUACAUGGAUAAGAAUGGAUGUGUUUUAGAACGUUUUCUUGGGGUAGUGCAUGUCAGUGACACAGUUGCGACCUCACUUGAGAAGACACUUGAUUCUUUGUUAUCUACUUAUGAUUUAAGUGUAUCAAGUUUGAGAGGGCAGGGAUAUGAUGGUGCAAGCAACAUGAAAGGAGAAUUCAAUGGGUUGAAAAGUUUGAUACUUAGGAGAAAUCCCAGUGCUUACUAUGUACAUUGUUUUGCUCACCAGCUUCAACUCACAAUUGUUGUUGUUGCCAAAAAGCAUGUAAGUAUUAGAUCUUUUUAUAAUAUUGUUGCUCGGUUGUGUAAUGUUGUUGGAAGUUCUUGUAAGCACAGAGAUAUACUUGGAGAAAAGCAAAGAGAGCAUAUUAUAGAACAGAUUGCAAGUGAAGAAAUUGACACAGGGAGGGGAUUGAAUCAAGAGAUGUCAUUAAAGCGGCCUGGAGAUACUCGUUGGAGUUCGCAUUAUGGUACUCUUAUCAACAUGGUACGUUUGUUUUCUUCUAUUGUUGAUGUUCUCGAGUAUGUUGGGGAGAAUGGUCAGGAUGAUUUAAAAAGGGCGGAAGCUGGUUAUGUGUCAGGCAUUAUUAAUCGCUUUGAGUUUGUCUUUGUAUUACAUCUUAUGAGGCAAAUAUUGGGAAUCACACAUGCACUCUCUCAAGUACUACAAAAAAAGAAUCAAGACAUUGUUAGUGCAAUGAAUCUUGUCAAUGUAGCAAAAACAUGUUUGCAAGUAAUGAGGGAAAAAGGUUGGGAAGUAUUGCUUAAUGAAGUUUCUAAGUUUUGUAACAAAUAUGAGAUAGUUGUGCUUGACAUGGAAGAUGAGUUUGUACCUCGAGGAAAAGUGAAACGCGGAGCUGAAAAAAUGAAGAAUCUCCACUAUUGUCGAGUUGAUUUAUUUUGUUCUGUGAUUGACAUGCAAGCUCAAGAGUUAAAUCAUCAUUUUGAUGAAGUUAACACGGACUUACUUUUAUGCAUGUCAUGUUUCGAUCCUAGAGAUUCAUUUUCUGCAUUUGAUUUGGAGAAGCUACUUCGCCUUGCUAGUUAUUAUCAAUUAGAAUUUUCUGGAGUUGCUUUGUAUGAGCUUGAAAAUCAACUUGAAAGCUUUAUUUUUUAUGUGCGGAUGGAUGAAAAGUUUUCACAAGUAGUUGGGAUUGGCGGUCUUGCUCAGACGAUGGUUUCUACAAGAAAGCAUGAAAAUUUUCCAUUGGUUUAUUUGUUAAUCAAGUUGACAUUGAUCUUGUCGGUUGCUACUGCAUCAGUGGAAAGAGCUUUUCCAGCAAUGUAG